CGGGGCCGGGCGGGCGGCGCCUCGGCUCUCCCGGGAGGGUCUGGUCUGGCCGCUGAGCAGAAAGGACCGUAGGACCCCGUCACCAUGUUCCCAGAGCCCCCAACCCCGGGUCCUCCAGCGCCCGACACACCUCCGGACUCCAGUCGCAUCGGCCACCGCCCAGUGCCCCCCUGGGCCCUGGCCACCAUCGUGCUGGUGUCAGGCCUCCUGGUCUUCAGCUGCUGUCUCUGCCUCUACCGGAAGCGUUGUCGGCGGCGCUUGGGCAAGAGCCAGGUGCAGGCCCAGGUGCACCUGCAGGAAGUGAAGGAGCUGGGCCACAGCUACAUAGACAAGGUGCAGCCCGAAGUGGAGGAGCUGGAGCCGGCCCCGGGGCCAGGGCAGCAGGCAGCAGAGAAGCAGGAGCUAGGACGGCUGCAGUACUCCCUGGAUUAUGACUUCCAGAGCGGCCAGCUGCUGGUGGGCAUCCUGCAAGCUGAGGGACUGGCAGCCUUGGACCUGGGUGGCUCCUCGGACCCCUACGUGCGAGUCUACCUGCUGCCAGACAAGCGCCGGCGCCACGAGACCAAGGUGCAUCGGCAGACGCUCAACCCGCACUUUGGGGAGACCUUCGCUUUCAAGGUCCCCUACGUGGAGCUGGGGGGCAGGGUGCUGGUCAUGGCAGUGUUCGACUUCGACCGCUUCUCCCGCAAUGAUGCCAUCGGGGAGGUGCGGGUCCCCAUGAGCUCGGUGGACUUGGGGCGGCCUGUGCAGACCUGGCGGGAGCUACAGGCGGCUCCGCGAGAGGAGCAGGAGAAACUGGGGGACAUCUGCUUCUCCCUCCGCUAUGUGCCCACGGCCGGGAAGCUCACCGUCGUCGUCCUGGAGGCUAAAAACCUGAAGAAGAUGGACGUCGGCGGACUGUCAGAUCCCUACGUCAAGGUCCACCUGCUGCAAGGCGGCAAGAAGGUGCGGAAGAAGAAAACCACCAUCAAGAAGAACACGCUGAACCCCUACUACAACGAGGCGUUCAGCUUCGAGGUGCCCUGUGACCAAGUCCAGAAGGUCCAGGUGGAGCUGACAGUGCUGGACUACGACAAGCUGGGCAAGAACGAGGCCAUCGGGAGGGUGGCCGUAGGGGCAGCAGCCGGAGGGGCGGGCGCGGCAGCGGGAGGGGCGGCCCUGCGGCACUGGGCAGACAUGCUGGCCAGCCCCCGGAGGCCCAUCGCCCAGUGGCACUCGCUGUGGCCCCCUGCCCGAGCUCGGCUGCUGCCUGCGCCCUGACCUCCACCCCAGCCCUGGCCAAGCCAGGACUCUGGCCCAGCUCCAGACUCCCGGGACUGGCCAAAGCCGGCCCAGCCUACCUUUAAGCCUUCUGUGGCCACUGACCUCCACCCCUGUCCAGACCCCCUGACCAGCCCUGCCCACUCACCCCUACUGCACUGGUCAGGAGGACUUUUGGACACACCCCCUCCCAUGGACAUCUGGCGAGCCCCAGGGACCCCUGCUGGGAGGGAAGCACUCCCUCCCCUCUCCCAGUGCGGCAGGGCCCUCCCCUCUGCUGUGACAAUCAGCUACCCCAGUCUGCUGUUGCUCUGUCCCCAAUGCCCCUCUUCCUACACAGCUGACCCUGCUCGCUCUGUUCCCCGGCCAAAUAAACAAUCAGCU